AUGGAACAGGAUGAUUGCGAUGAGAACAUCAUAUUUGAGGACGAUGAGGAAGAGGAUGAGGGGUACCUUUUUGGAGCCCAAGAACCUGAUUGGGAAGCUGAAGAGGAUGUCGAUCUUGAGACGGCUAAUGAAGAUCCCAACGAACCCGAUGUACCAGAUCCAUACGAUGCGGUUUAUGCCAAUGUCCCUAACAUGAAGCACAUGCUCAAGCCAGAGGCUAGCUGCGAGCACUGCAAUGCAAAGAAGUUUGAGUCCGAGCCACCUGGAUUCUGUUGUCGUAGUGGAAAGAUUCAUCUUUCCACCCCUGAGACACCACCGGAACUCGUGAGAUUGUGGUCGAGCUCGGACGCUGAUGCUAGGCAUUUCCGUGCAAACAUCAGAUAUUUCAAUGGCCACUUCUCUUUCACUUCUAUGUACUGUAAACUUGAUCGUGUGACCACCGAUGUGAGAAACUGCGGAAUUUACACAUUUCGAGCUCAUGGUCAAAUCUACCAUAACAUAAGAUCAUUUUGUAAAGAGGAUGGUCGCGAACCUGGUCACCUUGAGCUUUAUUUUUACGACGACGAUCCAUCUCUUGAGCAUAGGCUUCGCAAGUGUUGUGAGAAGUUUGCCCAAGAAGAUAGGGAAGUCAUCCAGAGGCUAAAGGACAUCUUACAUGGCAUUAAUCCCUACUCAGAGAAUCUUAGGAGUAUGGGCCAGGGGAGCGAGCAUCGGGGCCAGUUCGAUAAUAGUAUUGUCCUCCAAGGGAAGGAUAGGCCGAUCCAUGGCAUCCGGUCCUAUCAUGGGUGCUACGACGCUCUCUCGUACCCGCUAUUCUUUCCAAGAGGUGAGCUCGGGUGGCACAACUGCAUUCCAAAAGUUGGUGUGACUGAGGCUGAAGUCAAUAAGGCUCGAGCGAUUUGCAAGGCGCAUGCUAAUGGUGGUGGUGACGAUGAUGCUGGGUCUGCUGGAAAUAAAUGCGUCUCUGUGCGUGAUUACUAUUGCUACAAAUUUCAGAUGCGGCCUGGGAUUUUUAAUCCUAUACUAUACGGCAACCGUCUAUUCCAGCAGUUUGCCGUCGACACCUACGUUAAGAUUGAAAGCUCGCGUCUAGACUACAUCCGCAACAAUCAGGACAUUCUUAGGGCUGACCUGUACCAAGGUUUGGUUGACAGCUGGCGUAUGGGGGUGGAAGACGCUGAUGAGGUUGGUAAGCGUACUGUGCUGUCACCAACUUUCAUUGGAGGGCCCCGCAAUAUGAGGCGUCGGUACAUGGAUGCGAUGGCUUUGGUGCGAAAGUUUGGUAAACCGGAUAUCUUCCUCACAAUGACGUGCAAUCCUAAUUGGGAUGAGAUCAAGAAUGAGCUUUAUCCUGGUCAGAGUCCACAGGACCGUCCAGAUCUUGUAACUCGAGUGUUCAGGGCAAAGUUGGAGGAGCUCAAGAAGAUGUUGAUGGAAAAAGAUAUACUUGGAAAGGUCCAUGCAUUCGUAUAUGUUGUGGAGUUCCAGAAGAGGGGCUUGCCGCAUGCACACUUUUUGUUAAUAAUGCAGAGGAAGUACAAGAUCACGUGUCCAGAACAGUAUGACUUGCUUAUCUCUGCUGAGCUACCAAACAAGAAGAAGUACCCUAACCUCUACAGGAUGGUGACGAAGCAUAUGAUGCAUGGCCCAUGCGGGACGCUAAAUCCAUUAUGUCCAUGCACAAGGGGACGUACUUCAUGCAAGAACCGUUACUCGCGGCCAUUCUGCGAUUCAACGUCGCAAGGUAAGGAUUCGUACACCAUCUAUUGGCAACGUGAUGAUGGUCGUAAGGAAAUAAUUAGAGGUCACAUCCUGGACAAUCAGUGGGUUGUCCUAUACAACCCAUGCCUGCUGCAUACUUUCAAUUGCCACAUCAAUGUUGAGCCAUGUAGUAGCAUUAAGUCCGUGAAAUACCUAUUCAAAUACAUAUACAAGGGCCAUGACAGAGCGUCUGUGGCUGUUAGGGAGGCUGGAAAAAAAGAUGACAAGGGGAACGUUGAUGAGAUCACGUAG